UAUUGGUCGAUCGGUACGAAAAAUCCGCAUCCGGACACACGGAAAACAAAAAUGUACGGCGGAAAAACUCCCCAGGAAUUGCUUUCGGGUUCGUUCACGAAGACCUGGCUACACGACAAGUGGGCCCCGUUGGUGGGCGGUGCGUUUGGAUUCAUUGGCGCCUGCUACGUGAAUUAUGGCACCGGUCGUCCAGCUCUAAGCGGUAUUCAGAAGCAUAUUGCAGCCAUGCUAGCGGUCGGUGCUGCGGCCACCAUGGUUGAAAAGUGGCGUACCGCUUACUUUGCCGAGAAAGAUGCCACCUUCCGCCACUACAUCGAAUUGCAUCCGGAAGAUUUCCCUACGCCUGAACGCAAAAAGUUCGCCGAUGUGCUAGAGUACUGGCAACCGAUCCGUUAGGUUUACUUUCUCGUUGCAUUGACCCACAAUCAAUGGAAUGGUUUUGCUGGUGACUAGUGUGUAGCGUGGAUGUAAAUAAAAAAGCCCAAAAAUCACUACCCAAACCGUUUUCGUCUG